UAUUUAUAGAAUGGUUGUGACAUUAGAAGAGGGGGUUCACUUCAGAUUUUCAGUGACCCGAAGACGCUUCCCCAGGAGGAUGAUCUACAGAAAUGUAGAAAUGUUCCUGGGAAGUGAAUUAGCCGCCUAUACCGGGCAGGACAAUGGGAGAAUCUACCGCAACCCAGAAGUACGCCUAAACCGUAUUUUGUUGACCUCAAAUAUAAGAGACCAGCUUAGGAUCCAGGGACACAGCCUUCCUCGAAACAGAACGUACCUGGUGCCCACACACACUGUGGAGCUGAGGGCCAGAUGGAACUUCAAUAGGAUCCUGGCCUUUCCGGCCAUCCUAGUCCUGGUGUUGGUCCUGGUCCUGCUAUGGUCUGACUUCUAAAAUCCCAAAGGUAAGUCAUAUUUUCCUGCCACUUCUUUUAAAGA